UUUCUAUCAUCACAAAGUGCCAAGGAAGCAACUCCGUAAUUAAGCCCAUAAUACCUACAGUGGAAUAGGGUGCAAGAAUAUAAGGCCUUCUUCUUGCUUAGGAUAAUUGAGACUAGAGAAAAAAUAAAAACUUGUGGUCAAUUUCUUAUUUAAAUGAAAAUUUUAUGAAUAGGCAGUAUGGGUUCAGGUUUCGUUGCCGAUAACGGUAGGGCAACGAAUAGCGUCUUCUAUUGGUCAGUUACCAUCGCUUUUCUUACCAAACAAAGAAACCAAUGAUAUGCACUAUGACAGAAAAGGAGUAUGUUGAAAUUAUUAUGCAGAUUUGAUUCAAGUAGAACUAGGAUCAGUUAAUCUUUAGGUCUUUCGUUGUACGGCUUCCGUCCCUGACGUAGAAGUCAACAAAUCUUGUUACGAUACUGUCGUUUUCUGCACUCAGUGCAUUGAGGAGCAGUCAGUAUCACCUGGAAUCCCUCGAUGACAGUUCAGAAACAAUUCACACCAAACAAAAAAUGAUUUUCAAAGUGAAACUUUCGCGUUUACUUCGAAAACGACCGCUGGACGUCAGUUAUUUACAACGACCGAAUUCAGCAUCAACUCCAUACUCACGAACACUUAUUAACGCUGUGCUGCAAACGGCCAAUCCACCUCUAGUCGUAGGAUAUUUCGUCGUGUUUUCAUACUCAGCUCUGCUUGCUCCGUCAACUCUUUUGGCAGCCGUAUUCGUCGCUUCUAUCGCUUCACUACUUUCAGAACUAUGUCGAUAUGAAUUUCUGACCUGCCGUCGCAAUACAUCAGCCUGCCCAUACAUUUGCACCUAUCAAAUUAUGGGCGAAUUUGCUGCCCAUUUAUAUGGCUGGACUCAGUUGUUGAGUCGAGCAGUUGUAGCUGCUCUGGUAGCCCGCGGAAUCGGAUCAAUUCUAGUCCUUGUGUUUGGCAAACAUUUGCUCCAACAUAAUUUCUAUUUCGUCAACGAAGAUUCCUUUGGAAUAAUAGCCCAAUUGAUUGUCUCCUUGUUUGUUCUUCUCGGCCUAAAGAUGACUAAAACGUUCGCUGUAGCCAUCAAGCUAUUCAUCGUGAUGGCCAUUUUGCUUUUCAUGUCCCAGAUUGCGAAUUUCACUGAUCCAGAAAUAGAAACACAACAUCAUCAUCCGCCAUCGACCGAUGAAUCUUCAACAGAAGAAUUACUAAUAGCUGCUGCAUUAUUAAGUAUGACGUUCAAACCCGAAAACAAGGAAACUCACAUCCUGUCCAAAUCGUCAUUGAUGUCGGCUUUCUUGGGAAUUCAAUAUUGUUCCACGCUCUUCAUCUUCGUCAUCAUGUCUAUACUUCACUGCUUCCUACCUCCAAACAUUUUAAACCACAUCAAGAGCGGUUCGCCGUUGUUGGAGGUUUUAAUGUCGUUGGCAACGGGUCCUCAUUGGUCAGCCGCCAUCUUCUCAUGCUGUUGUAUAUUAGUUGGCUCUUUAUCGCUGGUCGAAGGCAUUCAAGAUUCCAAACGUCAAAUCAAUAAAAUGUCUGCGGAUGGAUUGAUUUGGAAACAGCUGGCCACCAACGCGAAAUUGCCAUUGAUUGUUCAUUGCGUCAUAUCCAUCGGGUUGCAGAUGACCAUAUCGACGUUGAAUCUCGUCUUCAUCCUUGCCUUCGUUCACCUUGGACUCGAUUCCAUUCUGGGCGUGGUGGUCACAUUCAGACGUUAUUGCAGUUACUCCACGUCACGUCAUUUGGCAGCAUUGCAAGGCGAUAAAAAUGGCACGUCCAAGAAACGUCAUUUACUGCGUCGAGGAGGCUACGAUGUCCUCGAUCGAAGUCCGGUGGAGCAACCACGAGCCGAGGAAUCCGAUUCGGAUGAAACUGAUAUCGACGCGGCUGUCGAUGAUUACAAAACUCAAAUGUACGUUGCUACCGUGAUGGAAUGGAACGGUUCUGAAGUAUCCAGUACUCCGGAAAGGUCAGAAGUUGAGGUAGCAAGACAUUCCGUCAGAGUCCCGUACUUACUUUUGGGCGUGUCCGUCACGAUUGUCGUCAUGUCGGUAGCAAUGCGAUGGAUUUUAAGCGAUCUCAACUGGUUCUCCGUGUCCAUCACUGCGUCCUCGUUCGUCAUUUACAACGUCUUGCUGUUCAUCAUCUGGACACACCCGCAAAGACUAACAAGUAGCAAUCCAACGCUCAAAGUGCCUUGCGUUCCAUGGAUUCCGAUUGGAUCCACCCUGUUUCAUUGCAUCAUGUUAUUUCAAUUACCCGCACUGGCGUGGAUUGUUUCAUUAGUCUGGAUACUUUCAGGAAUUGCGACUUAUUUCGGUUACAGCUAUCGAAACAGUCGUCUCAAUUUCAAGUUGCAAGAUUCCAGCAGCGAUGACGCUGGCAGCGGAAAACCUGCUGACUUGUCGAGUCGAAAAAAGAAUAAUCCAGCACACAAAUUACGAAUUCUACCUGAAGCUAUGAUCAAUCUCAAUGUGACGUCGAGCAGCAUCGCUGUCUACCCUCAACCCUAUUACAAAAUUUAAUUAAUUAGAAACGAAAAGAUUAUCUACUUAUUUCUUUCUUUUUUUCUUUACCGGAUUGGAAAUUGCUGCAACAUGUAGAUUGUAUUUGAAAUAUAUGGAAAAUCAAACAUUGUAAAUAUAUUCGAAUCAAAUAAUUAAAACAUUGAAAUGGAAUCCCCCCCCCCCACUACUCGCGAAUAAUAUGGGUUUUGUGGCGCCAUUUUGUGAAUCCAUAAAUUCACCAGGAAAUAUUCAACAUUUAGAGACACAAAAAGUAAUUUUUAAAACAAAUAAAAGACAUUGGCGGGAUUUUAAGAAGAUUCAAACGUUCCUGCGUGUGCGACGUGAAUGAAGGAGAUCGAUAUUU